AGAUGAUCAACCCUCAGACUCGUCGAGCAGAGAAAAGAAAUGAUCGGACGGUGAUAUGGUUGUGUCUAUGAACCCAACAGAAGAGUAGCUCAGGACGGCACCUCUCGUUCUGUUGUCAUCGAGUCCCUCCUAAUGAAGUCACGAGGAGUUUGCGUUCUUGUUCUGCUAAUCGCCACAUGGAUAGCGUCAGUGUGCUGCUCUUGUUGGCAGCCUACAAGAAUCGUGCAGGCGAUGUGCUCUUCUGCUGAGAACAACACUUUUCCCACGUAUCAACUGCUUCAGCAGCAGUACUCGGGGGCGAGACGAUUGCUGUGGCAAGGAGGAGGACCCGCAAGUGAAGACAUUCCAGAUCACAUCCUAUCAGAACAAGCAAGAUUUCGUGGAGACGGUGGGACCAUUCUCACCUACAAGGGGCAAAGCAUACCUCAACCCGGAUCACCUGACUGGGACCUGAUCUUUGCAACUGAAAUUCAGCUGAGGUUUAUGCGAUUCAAUGAGGGACAAGCGGCGCAAGGGCAUACAACCAUUUACGGGUAUGAGGAUAUGUGGUUUCAAAAUCUGUUGAAGUGUACGAGUAAUCCCGAAGAACAAGUCUGCGAUUACUGCGGGAUGUCGUGUGACGACACGACGUGGCAGAGCAGCGGAUAUUCUCUCUUGAACGGAACGGAACUUGUGAUAGACAAUCUGAUCUGGAUGACGCAUAACGUCUACAUCUCUCAGACAACGAUUUUGCCGUACAGUUUUUGCACGCAAUACGAUUGGUGGAUUUGCGCAAGACGUCUGCCCACCAAUUUUGACAGCAUAGGUUGAAAGAUGGCAAGCGUGUACUCCAACCCGACUCUUAUUCCUUGAUGAAUGAAACUCAACUUAGUCUG